AUGACUGGCAAAGGCAAUAGAAUACAACCCGAGCUAGCUAGGAAACAUUUCCAACAACAAAAUUCUGCUCCAGAAGAAGGAAGAUUUUCGCAAUAUUCACUUUAUAACAUUAAUAACACCAAUAACACCAAUAAUAGUAAUAAUGUUUCAUUGCCUCCUUCAUCAUUUGGACAAGUUAUAGUCGGCAAUGAAAUGUUUGAUGCUGAUACGGAAGCUUCCACCAGUGUUUAUGGACUCCAACAGCAAACUCUCUAUAUUAGUUUUAAAUUCUCACUGCUGGGGGCUAUGUGUACAUUGAUUUUGUCGCCAAUUCUCUUAUUGACCAUUAUUUCAAUUACCUUCUCAUUAAUUACUGCCAAUCAGAUUGAAAAUCUCGUUGUUACAAGUGCAGUAGAGAAGGCAAAUACCUAUGUUUCGAAUUAUUUGGAUACGUGUAUUAUAUUGGCAGCUGCUCAACGUCAGCAAGUAUUUGAUGAUUACUAUAUGAAGGAAACAAGUGAUGAUUUGUUUUACAGUUCUGAAAAUUAUCAAACAAUUUUCAAAAUAUUGGCAAGGACACACUCCCAACAUAAAUUGUUGGUCUUUUUGAUGGAUUUUACACCUCCUAAUGGAGAUUAUCUAUAUGUCAAUUCAGUGGACUCUUCAGAUUAUUCCAGUGAUACUAAUUUACCUUGGUAUCGACAGUAUUAUGAAAAACGACAAAAGCUCUACUUUGUGUUUAAUCCCUCUUCGAAUACUACCUAUCUAGAUACGUAUCAAUUGACUAGAAAUGGAACAUUUAUUGCAAUUGCAAAAAAAGAGGAUUAUCCAUCAGUUUACGAUCCAAGAAAUGACGAAUAUUACAAAUUAUCUCACAUUUAUGAAAAGGCAAUAACACCAAUAGCACUUCAAGUUGCUGAUUAUGUGGAAGAACAGGUUUAUGUUUCAUAUCAGGAAUCCAUUUACUCUCCCUUUAAUAGUUCAAAAUAUAUUGGUGUUGUCAGCACUACUGUUGUUAUCAAGCAACUCGUGGAAUUUGUACAAUCAUUUAAAUUUUCUACGAAUGGAAUUUUGGGUAUUAUUGAGCUGAAUAAGAAUGGAGAUGGAACAUACAGGAAGAGAGUUAUUGCCUACAAGGAUUUAAAAACAUUGGUCAUUCAGAAUAGUGAUGGUUCAUUAAGUAUUCCUGAAGCUGAAGAAAUUCCAAAUGAAAUGCUACGACAUAUUAUCGUUAACAUUAUUCCAUCUACCACAGAGAAGGUCUAUGCUGGUAGAAAGUCCUUGAAUCGUUUUCAUUAUGGAGCUGUUAAUUUAAUGAGCUUUGAUGUUGUUUCAUCCUCAGAGGGGUUCAAUGUUGAAUGGUUGGUAUUCAUCUCAGCACCAGAGACAGACUUUAUUGGAAAUUUAUUAUUAAUGUCUGGCCUCAAUGUGGUGGUUAGUGUUAUUUUCGUGAUUGUUAGUAUUGUUAUAGCUUACUAUAUUUCAGUGAAGGUUUCUCGACCUCUUGGUUACUUUUCCAAUGAAAGUAAGGCUAUUUCUCGAUUGGAGGUAAAUAGAAGUUUACCUUUAAAAACUAGAAUUAGAGAAAUUAUUGAACUUGGUGAAGCUUUUGAUAAGAUGAAAACAACAUUGAGAUCAUUUAUGAGAUUUGUUCCAAAACACUUGAUUGUUGAAAUGGUCGAAAAGGGAAUUGAAAUGAAACUUGGUGGAGCAAUGUUGGAUAAUAUUACCAUUCUAUUUUCAGAUGUGGAGAACUUUACAACAUGGAGUGAAGAGCUUCCUCCUCAAUUGUUAAUCACCCAUGUCAGUGAAUAUUUUCAUGUCAUGACUGAAGAAAUUGUUAAAGAGCAAGGAACUCUCGAUAAGUAUAUUGGUGAUUCGGUAAUGGCCUUGUGGGGAGCACCUUCAGCAAUGAUGAAUACAGCUCUUCCAGCUUGUCGAGCAGCUAUCAAAUGCCAAACCGCUAUGAGAAGAUUGAGAGAAAAAUGGGAUUUAGAAGGAAAACCCUUGUUUAGAUGUAGGAUUGGAUUGCAUACUGGAAGUUGCGUUGUUGGAAAUAUUGGCAGUAUCUGGAGAUUGAACUAUACAUGCAUGGGAGAUGCUGUAAAUUUAGCUUCUCGUUUGGAAGGACAAAAUAAGGUCUAUGGAACUGAGGUGAUGAUUAGUGAGUCAACUGCUGGUCAACCUGAAAUAUUUGAAACAUUUACAUUGAGAAAGUUGGACAAGGUCAGUGUAAAAGGAAAGAGUGUAGGAUGCACUGUUUAUGAGCUUCAAUCUAAAAAUUUGGAAUUUUCUUCAACAUUUUAUGCCAAAGGAGAAAAGGCAGCUUUUAUUCAGAAAUAUGAAUCAGCUCUGGAUCAAUAUUUUGCUGGAAGCUUUGAACAAGCUUGCAUGGAAUUCAAUACAUGUGCUAAAUUGUUUGCUGGUGAUAAGGCCACUCAAACAAUGAUUGAGAGAUGCAACUAUUACAUACAGAAUCCUCCUGAAAAUUGGACUGGUGUUCAUGUUGCAAGUGAAAAAUAA